GUGUGUUAUAGAAACACUCACUAACCAUGUAGUAAAAUAGAUGGUGAGUUAGAGAACCUUAACCUAUUUUAUCUUCACUCUAGGUUAAAAUAGGAGUUUCAAUUUUUAAAAUAUGAUUUGAGACGGUGGUUGCUCUUUUCUUAUUCUCAAAUGACGACACUCGCUUAGAAUUGAGGAUUAUCGAACGCCAAAAAAAAAAUGACCGAAAUAUGGAAAGAUGAGCUGGACCUACGUCCAGCACCUGAAUUGGAGGCCGAUGUCCUUAGACUCACUACGAGAUUGAUGAUGAGAGAGCGAGAACUACGCAAAACUAAACUACAAAUGACGUCACAGAUUGCUUAUGCCCAUCAAUUAGUUGCUUUGUGGAAAACACGUGCAGAAAAACAGGAGGAGAAAAUGCAUUUGAUGCUACAGCAGAAAGAUCGGGAAAUGAAAGAAAUUACUUUACAAUUGUUUAGAUUCCAGGGUGAUCUUAAAACAGAACAACGCAGGAUAGAAAAGUUAUUCGAAGAGAAAGACAGAAUUAUCAAGAAACAGAAAUUAGAACUUGUUCGAUUAAAGCGACACUUAGGCAGAUUCGUAGGUGGUGAACAAAGAAAGACUCGCGAGUGUCAUGAGCAAACAUACUCUGAAUCAGUGAGAUCUGAAGUAGAGAAUUACGCUGCUCAAAAUACAUCAAAAAACACCUCAAUAAGAGGUAAUGAUACUCUAAACAUACGUCCUUCACUCGCCAAAGAACCUCAUUCGUCCAGAGUGACCAUUAAUUGGAAAAACGUUGCUAAUUCCAAAAAAGACAGCUGCUUAAGACAACGUGCUAUUCAGGAUGUUACCAACGUCUUGCAGACAGCGUAUUCUCGAUCACAAGGAGACGACAGUUCUAACCAAGUAACCGCCAAUCAACUGAUUGUUGAUAACGGCGUAAAAUCGAAAGAUCUUUCAUUAAAGGCUGGAGAAGAGUUGACAAGUUGCAAUUCUUGUAAUGGAAUUGAACUAAGCAUAAGGAUAAAAGAAAACAAGAACAUUGAGACUGCAUAUUCAGUUAAAGAAAAGGUUCAUUUUAAACAAAAAACGCCCAUUGACUUGAACAUUGUAAAAGGAUACAGUACGCUUUCUUUGAAAGGAAUCAAAAUAUUAUCACCACAUUCUAUGCAACUGUAAGAACCUAAAGGACCCAUAAUUUAGAGUAGUUUGAAAAACUAUUACAUCUUUUAUGUUUAAAAUCCUGUGGUACGUUACAUAGGCCAUGUUAAAAAUACGUUAACAUAUAUAUUGUAGCAUUUAACUUUUAGAAAUUCUGUAUUUAUUUUAAUUGUUCUAUAACUUAAAGAAUUAUAUAGAAGGUUACGCUUGCUACGUGUAUUUAAGUUAAAGAUUAUUUUUCUCUCUUGUUCGUAUGAAGGCUUGUUGAGUACCAGGGUUUGGUUGUGAGAAUUUCAUUGUAUAAUUCGUCAGAUGUUUUUUCAUGACCUUUUACUAUUUUGGUGUGCGAUUUGUGAGAUAGUGGACGACAUGAAACGAUUAUUGGAAUUUGUGUGUGAAAUGUA